AUUUUUUAUAUUGGUAACAUUUUUUUUAUGAAGAAAGAAAACGUCAACAGAGUUUGAGGUUAGGCGUCGUCGCAUCAUUCUGGUUUAUUUUGUUUUUUGCGUAUUAUGUAGUGUUGGUGGCCGAAAAUGAGUUCGCCGCAGAAGGACAUCGAAGAGCCAACGUCCAGUAACGAUGUGAAAGGCGCGGAGGAGAAUGCAGGCAAAGAGGAAGUCACCGCGGCACCAGAGCCGCGGCCGCCCGCCAAGCGGCCGCUGUCGAGCACUGUGAUCGAGAUCUCGGACACGGAGAGCGACGACUCGGACGUCUGCGCCGUCACCUCGUACCAGGCGUCCGCCGACGAGGUGAAACGCAUCCGUGGCGCGGACUACUCGUCGUCCUCGUCGUCGUCGUCGUCGGGCAGCUACAGCUCGGAUUCCGAGUCGCCGUGGGAGGAUGACUCGUUGCUGGUGGCGGAGCCCCGGGUACGCGGUAAGCUGCCCCGCGCGUGCCUCAACCCGCGCGCCAGCCGCACUGACGACCCCCUGCUCAACCCUGCACUCAAGUCUCAAGAACUAAUAGACAGACUGAAGACACAUUGGAAGGAGCAGAAAGACAUGUCUACAUCUGAAGUGUCUCUGACGUGUGAUCCGUUCCGUCUGGUCCUGCUGCAUGACCUGCUGAGCAAUGCAGACAUCAUCAACAACAUGGUGGACGACAUGAACACACUGGACUGGACACGCAAGAAAAUGGACCUGUACGAGUUUCACCAGACUGUGGACCUGGCCAGCCUUACGUGGCAGCGCAGCAUCAAGGGCAUCUAUGAGCUGCUCAAGACUGAGAUCAUGAGUUGGGUGUCAGAAGUGAUGGGCCUGGAGCUGGUGUCAGUGUCGGCGUCGUGCUCCCUGUACGGGCCGGGCGACCACCUGCUGGUGCACGACGACAUGAUGAGCGACCGCCGCGUCGCGUUCGUGCUGUACCUGGCGCCCUGGCGCUGCACGUACACCACGGUGCACACCGUGCACAACGGGGACGGCGACCAUAGCACCAGUGAUCAGGCGGAGGGCGGCGGCGGGGGCGGCGGCUGGUCCGCGGCCAUGGGCGGCGCGCUGCGCCUGCGCGCGCGCGACGGCGCGGGGCGCGCGGGCGGCGCGGCGCGCGCGGUGCUGCCGCGGAACAACAUGCUGGCGCUCUUCAAGGUCGGCCCGGACUCCUUCCACCAGGUGGAGGAGGUGGUGUCCCUGGAGAUCCCCCGGCUGUCCAUCAACGGCUGGUUCCACGGCCCCGCGCCACCUACGGACCCCGCGCCUCCGCCCCCGCCCCCCUACGAGCCCCCGCCGCUGCUCAAGCCGCACAACCAAGUCGUGGUGCUGAGCGAGUGGGUGGACUCGGCGUACAUGUCGCCCGUGUCGCGGGCCGCCGUGCAGGCGCAGAUGGAGCGCGACAGCGAGGUCAGCCUGCGGGCCUUCCUGCUGCCAGAGAGGCGGCGGCAGCUGCUCGAGGCACUGCAGAGUCCCGAAGUGGAGUGGGAGCACGUGGGCCCGGCCAACGAGCGGCGCUACUGCCGAGUGAAGCUGGACGGGCUGGAGGCGGGCGCGGCCCCGCCGGCGGGCCCCGCGCCGUGGGCGGGCGCGGGCGCCGUGCGCGCGCUGCUGCAGCUGGCGGGCGCCGCCGCCUGGCUGCGGCUGCUGCAGGACUGCACCGACCUGCAGCUGCGCCACUACCAGCGGCUCGAGCUGCAGCGCUGGCAGAGGGGGGACUUCACCCUACUACCACCACGGUCGCACUACCAAGAAGCGCGGCUAGAAGCCGUGCUGUACUUGGGCGUACCGGAGCGGACCCUGUGCGGCGGCUGCACGACGUACGUGGCGCCCGAGGAGGAGGGCGAGCCGGAGGCCGAGGGCGGAGCGCUGGUGACGGUGCCGCCCGUCGACAACGCGCUCACGCUGGUGUACUGCGACGCGGGCGCCGCCUCCUUCACCAAGUACCUCAGCAAGAUGACCAUGCGGCCCGACGAGUGCUUCUACAUCCUCACCUGCACGUACAAGGAAUGAUAUCCGGAGACCGACGAACCGCACUGACAGUGUGUAGUGAAGUGCAUAGUUUCAUCAAACGAGUUUCAAAUAAAAUGAUUCAUUAGAGAAGUGAUAUGUGAACGGCGUGUGGUUGUUGUAAUGCAUGAAGUGACUAAACUAUUACGAAUAUUAUAAAUGCGAUAAUGGCGUCUAUUCUGGCGGACACAAACUUAACCUCAUAAAUUAGUACCGCCCUUCACUUACAAUACGUGCAAGAAAGAGACAGUUCUAGUCUUGUCAAAUUAAGUUGGUCGUUGCCCAAAUUGGUUCCAGUAUCUAAGUUUGUCUGUGUCUUACCUUUUCACGCCUAAAUCGUCGGAUCGAUUUGAAUAAGUUUUCAUUCAAAGCGGUCAUGCGAUUUAGGCGAGCAAUGGAUCGAAACCCAAGAAUGGAAAGAGGAUACUUACCUUGGACAGAUUUUCACUCCACACGGAAAAAAAUUGUACAAAAUAAUGAACCACGGGAAACAGGCACGACGGGUGAGGGCGCUCGCCUCGAACAACAAAAUACCUCCGUUCAACAUAUCAUUUCUUUAUUGAUAUGAAUUUUAAAUGCUUCAACAGCUUUUAUUAUCUUGUAUAAACCGUAAGAAAUCAAUACCAAACCAGUUGUGAAUACAUCAGGCGAUAAGUAAUUCUAUUGCCGAGUAAUUAAUCUGGGAAUAUUUGAAUAAACAGUUGUUGUGUUGUGUGAGUGAGGGAGAGAUAGUUAUAACACUUAGGAUGGUGUGGAAAUAUUUUCUAUUAUGUGUUCUGUUAUGUCAUAAUACUCACAGACUAGUAGAAUAAUUGUUGUAGUAGUGAUAAAACGCGGCAAGCUGGUGCGAUUUUUCAUCACCAGCCUUGGAAACCUUCUCAGUUGCAGCGCCAUUACCGCGUGCGAUGUAAGUGUUUUUAACAUUUUAGUUUGUGCGUAUUAUGCCUUGUUGAACGGUUGAACAUUUUUCAUAGAUAUGUCAAUGGAAUGUGUAAAUCUAGUUAAAUUGAAAGCAGAUAUUGUUAUUAAUUUAUUGGCACUUUGUUUACCGAGGAGAAACAUGAAUUAUUUGAUUGAACAAAACUGAAUACAUGUAAUUAUAUCGGCGUUGCUGCAGCACAGGUGGACGUGUCUUGUAUUAUAGUGUGUGAUAAGCAACUGAUGAAUUUACAAUACUUGAAUAUAAUGCUGUAUUUUGCUAUGCAAGUGAGGAUGACUGUAUUUUUGUAGGAGAAUGUUUUAUGAAGUGAGCCCUUAAGUGUGUGGUGUGGUUGAGGCGCCCACACUGGUACUGAGCUGGUUGUGCAUCGUACUUACGCUUCAACCACGCACGGGUGGCCAACCAGUGUAUAGUUAUUGUAAACAAAGUCACGUGGCGUCUCAUACAACAUUAUUGCGCGUUAAAUAAAACCAAAUAAGUUACAUUUGUAAAUAUUGUAUUAGUUAUUAAAUUAAAUAUUUUUAAGAAA